AUGGCCCGUCACACCUAUCGCGACCCCUCACGCUUGGUGUCUCGCGCGCUCGCCAUACCCGUCGAACGGUCCAUCAUCCUCACCGCCCUGGAGCCCCCUUCGCUGGUCAAGAGAAACCCAGCAGAUGCUGCAUCGAGCUCUUCUGUACCGACCAAGACUUGUGGACCGGACGAUACCACCGGAGUCUGUACCCGUCCUGUUAACAGCACCACUACUUUGACCCUACCAAUCGUUCUUGGUGCAGUAAUUCCCUUGACUUGCGCGUUCAUCGCCUUCUUUUUCCUGCACCGCAGACAUGUCAAGAAGCUACGCCUUGAGGAUGCGAACGAUAAACACAAGUCACUCGAUUUUGGGCUAGAUUUUGUGCCCUCGGGAAGUAAUAACAAUCGACGCGGGAAUGGAGGCAACGGGCCAUCCAUGGCUGAAAAAUCCACUCGUCGUGGCGGGCACGGUGUUUCCAUGGAUCUGACGCUGAAUAGCCCUUAUCUACUUCCCCCAGGCCUGCAUGGAUCCCAUGAGUCCAUCCAUUCUUUGUCAAGGUCAUUACAUGGAGAGGAUGACAAAUAUCGCCAUGCGUCUGCCUUCCCUACCGGUGAUAGCGGCUCCAUACGAUCAUGCUCUCCCAGCUUCAAACGCGGAGGUGACGAUGCGUCUAGCCAUAAUUCGCCCAGUUCUAAAUAUCCCUAUGGGGAUGAUAUGAAUCAACAUUUGCUGAAAAACGCCCAGCGCAUGUCUCGAUCCCCGCCAGCAAUCGAAUUGGAUCCUAUCGAAAGUGACCUUGGCCACCCUCCUCAUCAUGCGACAGCAGUUUCCGCAUCGGAAUCGGGAAAUACAACCUUCCAUGGUCGAAGUGAGCUUACCGUCCCAACAGCCGUCUCAAGUCACGGUGAUCGGAGCUCGAGUAGUAGUUCUGAAAGAGACGAUUCGGUGCUCAGGAAAAGUAAUAAUUACCUAGGCGCAUUAAUCCAGCGGGGUGACGAUCGGUCUCCGGAAAAUGAUCUUGGGAGGGUGCCGGUAACAACAAAGGCGGAUGUUCCGCUGGACGAGCCAAAGAUACAAGAACCUGUCCCAGACAACACCUCGAAGUCACCUCCCCCAGCAGAGGUACCAGCUACUGGUUAUCCUAGCCCUUCGCAGCCACCAAGAAUUUCGCUUCCGAUCGAUGACGACAAGAGUGACUAUGGAGAUGAGUCGGAAGCUCCAAAAAAGCCUGUCCCGCAGUUGAAUAUCCAGGACGUCGAAACCGCACCACCUAGCAAUGACAAAGCUGCCAGGGCGACACUUGAUCCGCAUGAUCACUACUAUGAUGGAGGUUAUCAAAUUGAUACGCGCCGGUUGACCGUGGGAAUCCGGCCCUUGCCGCCGGAAGAUCCGUCAGAUAACCCAGAACAGCGAGCUAAUCGUAUCCGAUCAUUCUACAAAGAAUAUUUUGAUGAAUCGAAGCCCCAAGAUGACCAUGUCGAAGAUCACGGUCCUGGAGGAGCUGAUUACGGACCGUUUGACCCGUAUGGCGACCCGGGACACUACGCACAUCCACGUCCCUUUGCACAACCCGAAGGACGCAGAGCCAUGACUCCGCCACCAAGAAUGCCCCAAAUACCUGUACAAUAUCGACGCCCUGGUCCAGGCUUUGGCCCGCCCAGUACUUCAAGCCGUUCCGGGACUCCCUCAUUUUCGAGUGGACCGCGUGCUUUCUCAUCCGCAUCAGGUCGCAUUCCUGUCAGAGGUCCCAGAAAACCGUUACCCCCGCCAUCUCCUCUCCACAUUCUUCCCACUCCUCAUAAGCUAAAGGACGAUUCCAUUCUGCCAAUCGACUUUGCUCCCGGCGCCAACUCGCGUGAACGUAGAGAAGGGCGUCCGGAAACACCCCAGGGUGGUGUGAGGCCGUAUAUGCUCACGGUUCCGGCACAUGUUCCUCUCGCAUCAUCGUAUGAUGACCUUGCUAUGCUCCCUAGCCCGCAUGCGUUGAGGAAAUCUGGGACUUUUACUGCCUUAGACUUUGUGCCUCCUCCCCGCUUCAAGAAUGCCGACUCCGGCAGCGACGCAGGCAGCAUUCGCAGUAACAGAACAGGUCUCUCAGCAGCGCAAUCUUAUAGCAUUCGCACCGGAGCUUAUCGCAUUAGCCGUCUCCCACCCCAGACAGUUGGUACCAAAGAUGAUAUUAUUUCGAACCUCCGCCCUACCUGGGACAUGAAAACCUAAAGCUGCUUGGAUCUCGGUUAUUUUCCCCUUUAUGUACAGCUUGAGUGUUCCGUCUAAUGAGCAUUGUAUGUCUUCCUGCGGGUGUAUGAUGAUUUCACCAUAAUCGCGAUUGUUCAUCUUCGGGAAAAUUACCAUAAUUGCCUCGUUUUUUUCAACCUUUCUGUGACACUUGGUGUUAAUAGACUUGGAGUAGUUGGUGAUAUGUUCCCUUUUCGUUUUUCCUUUUCCUUUUUUCUUUUUCUUUUACUUUUACUUCCCCUCCCCCCUUUCUUUUUUUUUUGAGAUGAUUGGACUCCUGUAGGCAACUCGGUUUUCAAUUUUGGGGGGUGUGGGUAUACAUCGAUCUGCUGCUUCGGCAGUCAAUCAUUUAUGUACAGAGCGGACAUCUUAUAUAUGGUGAGAGCAAUUUAAACAUAGGCAUGUCUAUAGGAAGUG